AUGUCCGAGGCCAUGUCCAAGGACCAAGAUUCUUAUCUUUCUACAGGUACAAUAGGAAGGCAAAGUACACCCAUCUUUGGGCUCACAAGGUGGAUUAGGGACAUUUCCCAAUCUUUCGUCAACGGAGCCGAAAACUUGGAAAAGAGAAAAAAGGCUGAAUCAUUCAGAGGGAAAAAAGCCGGAUCUAGGGAUUUGACGUCUGGCAGAGAGCACGCCCACGUGGUGACCAAGCUGCGCUAUCCUAUCCCAUCCUGCCAUCUCAAGCUAUGGAUCGAGGAAUAA